CAUGUUACCCCUCGCUUCCCUGCUUCCCCUCGUCCCCCGCCCCUUCCCUCCCUCCCUCCCCCCCCUCCCCCUUUCUUCCGAGACAAUCACAUGCCCUUCUCCCACCCUUCUUUUGCUUCCACAAAUGGUUUUCUAUUGCUCUCAUGUGACUCCCACCUUGUCCUCCCCUUACCAGGUUCUCUCGCUUCACCAGUCACUGUCUUGGCCACUACCAUUGCUGUUGCCCUCACCUCUCUGCUCUUUGCGUAG